AUGAAUGAUUCGGGUAACGACCUUGAUCUCUCUGCAAGUCAAUUAAAUCAAGCCCUGGCAAGCGAUCUCAUCGAGGCCUGUAAGACAGGAAACGUCUCCAGACUUCAGACUCUGUUUCCUCAAUACCAAAAAGCGCCUCCAGCUUCCGUCCCAUCGCCUCAAUUUCUGCUGCAAGUGGCUGCCCGCACUGGCCAAGCCGAAACAGUUCGAGCAAUCUGGAGCCUACUUCCGCCCGAAAACCAUCAACCGCCUCACCACCCGUGGAAUCCUCGUAUUCCGCCCGGCGUCUAUUUCAACUCCAUCCCUCGCCAGUGGCGCAUCUACGAAGACGGUAUCAUCCACGAGGCUCUAAUGGCAGAAGAGCCCCUGGAAGUCUUCAAAUUCUUCUUCGAGCACGGCAUGAAACCCGACCACAACCUGGAUCGAGCGAUCAACAUCAUGGCGCAAGCCAUCUCACACAACCACGUGAACCUGGCCAGAUUCUUGCUCGAGCAGGGCGCUAAGCCCACGGGACGCUACAUCCAACCGGAAGACACCUACCUUGGUGAAGCGGCACGGAAACCUUCCUCUGACAUGCUGAAAUUGUUGCUCCAGCACGGAGCGAGGCUAGAGGGUUCACAGGCGCUACGGCAGGCGGCUGAGGCGGGGCAGCUUCGCAACGCUGGGAUUCUGCUUGAGAGUGGCGCGGACGUUAAUGAGGUCUUCACUCGAUACGAUUGGGUGAAAGGCGAGGAUCAGGUGAUGGGCUGUGCACUUCACUUCGCGGUGAAAGAUAGCGAGUUGAUCUGUGAGAGGCAGGUGUCGAAGGUGGAGAUGAUACAGUUCCUGCUGUCUCGUGGAGCUAGGCUCGAUGUUGUCGAUGGGGAAGGGUUGACCCCUCGACAAAUCGCAGCGAAUAUGGGUGAGGCUGCGAUUUUGGAGGUUUUGAGGCAGCAUGAGAAUGGAUUAUGA